AUUGUCAAGCCAAGUGCAGUUCAUAAAUCCCUCUUCCCCCACCCCCGUCCCCGAACAAUCUCACAUAUCGAUUUCCAGUUUCAUUUCAACAGCAGAAAUGGAUUUCCACAGCCUUACAAGGAAAGAAUUGCAAGCUCUUUGCAAGAAGAACAAAAUCCCAGCUAAUAUGACUAAUGUUGCCAUGGCCGAUGCUCUUCAAUCUCUCGAUUUUGUUGAUGGUAUUGAAGAGGUCUUGAAAUCAUGUGAAUCUGAUGUUGCAAACUCAUCUAUGGAGUCUCCUGGAAAGUCAGAAGCAGUAUCAAGUGUACCCCGGACUAGUCGCCGAACUACCCAACGAAAGACAAUCAAACAUGACUCAGAAACUUUGCAGACCUCGACUAAGAGUAACUGCAGAACGAGAGGAACGGUGGCAAGAGACGUUGAUGAAGCUAGAAAUGAUGUCCAUGAAACUCCUGCAUUGCCAACUACCAGAAGGAGGGCUGCAACAACUUCAGUUCGCGCUAAGCUGGAUUAUGUGAUGAAGGAAUGUGAACCCAAAGAGAAAAUUGAGGAUCAGGCUGAGGAAGAAAAGAAGAAGAAUUUUCCUAAGACACCAGCAGCUUCCCGCGCUAGCCAAAGGAAGGAAGUGAAGGCAAAGAGUUCAGUUAGGCAAGUGUACAGCACUCGUCGAUCAGUGAGGUUAGCUGGGAAACCUAUGCAGGAGGAAUCAAGCACACAAGAGGAUGAAAACUCAGGAAUCCUUACCUUUGAUGCGGUUUCUGAAGAAACUGAUGAAAGUUUGGAGGUGAACUCUCACAAGACUGAAGAAUUAACCAAAAAUGGUGUUGAUUUGCAAUCACUCGAGAGUUUGGACAUCAAGAAUGAAUCAGAUACUGUAUCAGGUCAAGAUUUAAGUACCUUGGUACAAAACGAAGUAGACAUGGAAGAUGGUGUUGAACAAGACAGUGGCAAUGACCUGGUAGUUGUUGCCUCAGAUACAAAAGCAAAAGAGGGCUCAGAGGAAGGAGCACUUCGUGACAAUAACAAUGGAUCUGAAGAAGUUUCUGGAGAAGAACCCGUUGAAGAAUUUGAAAUUGAUGCUGAGGCUACUAAGGAAGAAGAUUUUCAGAACAUGGAUGAUAAUACCAGGAGUAAUUCAGAUGACGCUGAUGUGGUUCUGACCAAGCAUCAUUUUGUGGCAGAAAAUGAUGAUGGGGAGGAAGAAGAUAAUUCUAAUCAAAUGUUUGAAUGUCAAGUAGAUGAGGGUGCAGAAUGUGAUUCUGAUGUUGCAGGAAAACAAGAGUUGAUUGGAGAACCUGUAAGUGUCAAUCCAGACACUAACAUAGAUUUUGAUGAGGUUUAUUUGGUCGGGCAAUCCAGCAGUGAGAUGGAGGCUAAGGGGGGUGCAAGUCAGCAGAAGUGUCUGACUAACAUGCAAGCUAACACGGAAAAUGAUGAGGUAGAGGCUAAGGUGGGUGAUAGUCAGUACAAGUGUCUGCCUGACACGGAAAAUGAUGAGGUAGAGACUAAGGUGGGUGGUAGUCAGCACAAGUGUCUGCCUGACACGGAAAAUGCUGUAGAAGAAGAACUCAUGGGAGAAUAUGAAGAUGCUGAAUCUCUGGAAGUUGAUGGUGAAGAAGAACCCAUGGAAGAAUAUGAAGUUGAUUUUACCGAGGUUAAGGUGGCGGCACAAGCUGAUUCUCUGGAAGUUGCUGGUGAAGAAGAAGCCAUGGAAGAAUAUGAUGUUGAUUGUACUGAGGCUAAGGUGGCUGCACAAGCUGAUUCUCUGGAAGUUACUGGAGAAGAGGAAGCCACAGAAGAAUAUGAUGUUGAUUGUACUGAGGCUAAGGUGGCUGCACAAGCUGAUUCUCUAGAAGUUACUGGAGAAGAGGAAGCCAAGGAAGAAUAUGAUGUUGAUUGUACUGAGGGUAAGGUGGCUGCACAAGCUGAUUCUCUGGAAGUUAUCGGAGAAGAAGCCACGGAAGAAUAUGAUGUUGAUUGUACCGAGGCUAAGGUGGCUGCACAAGCUGAUUCUCUAGAAGUUACCGGAGAAGAAGCCACGGAAGAAUAUGAUGGUGAUAAUACUGAUGCUAAUGCGGCUGCACCAGCUGAUGCUGUGGAAGUUGCUGGAGAAGAACCCAUGGAAGAAACUGAUGUUGAUCGUACUGACGCUAAUGUGGAUGCAUCAGCUGAUGCUGUGGAAGUUGCUGGAGAGGAACAACCCACGGAACAAUCUGAAGUUGAUUAUGCUGAGGCUAUUGUGGAGAGUGCAGUUCAUAGUCUUCAGUGUUUACAUUUUUCAGAAACUAGUACAGAAGUUGCUGGAGAAGAACCUAUGGGAGAAUGUGAAAUCGAUCAUGCAGAAGAUAGCGUGGAUACUGCUCAUGCUCUCCCUCCCCCGGCUUCUGUCAUACCUAAUGCUGCCCAAGAACCAGUCUUCACUUCGGCACUGGAUCCUACGCAAAAUCCUUCAGCCUUGGCAAGCACAAAUCCAGAACCCAUCACUCAGGCACCACUUGAGAACUCAUCAGCAGAGACAAACAUAGGACAGAUGGUUGUUUCAGAUAACAAGGAAAACUUGGUUUGUACGAAACAAAACAAAGGAACUGUCGGUAAUAACAAUCAGCAAUCUUUGGAAAAUUUAAGCUUGAGGAAGCUUACAAAAAUGUUGAAAGAACUAAAGAUCUCAAAACAUCCUAGUGGAAAAGAGGCAGCAACCUCAAGAUCAGCCUUGCAAAAACUUCCAGAAAACCGUUUGACCAGCGAAAACAAAAAUUGAAGCUCAUACUAGGGGCAGCCCACUCCGCCUGCCAUUAAGUGAACCUUUGCGUGGAAUGAAGAUGGAAGAUGAUCAGCCUUGCAAACCUUCUUGAUUUGCUACUUUUGAGACAUGGAAUUUUUUUAAUCCCUGUUGUUUUUGGUAUUCCUUAAGUUACUUUCAAUACUUGUAUGGAAAACUAAAAUUUCUCAUAUGAUGAUGAAUCCACCAGAUCUUUCUUUCAAUCUA